CAAGCAAGCACUCUCUUCCACCACCACCACCACCUCCACCACAGCUUCUUGCCCUCUUCUCGCCAAGAGAAGGACCAAUCCCGCCGGAAUCAAUCAAAUUCCGAACAAACCGCGGCAAAAAUGUGUAUCCCCACGUACCGUGGCAGCUUCCCGGCCUUCAUCAUGGCCAUCAUGAUCAAUCUGUUCGCGCCAAUCGCGGACGAGGACGACGUGCCCUUUCUCCGCGUCCUCCGCAUCUGGGUGCCUCGCACCAUCGACCCUCCGCCGCCCGUCUCCUUGCUGGAAGGCGUCCAGACCGGCAACGGCCCAGCCGUUGAGCAGAUGGCACUGCUCAACAUCAUCAUCCUCCUCUUCGCCUUCGUCCUCUUCUUCUUCCUGGGAUACGCGUGGGGCCGCGCCGCGGAGACGUGCCCUCUCGAGCACUCCUCCUCGUCUUCCUCCGACCUGGGUGCCUCCCCCGCCGCCAGGCCGCGUGCCGCCUCUCUGCCGUCCCUCCUUCUCGCCGGGCCUCGCACCCCCAUCACCACCACCACCACCAGCGACCCCGCCCGCGCCGAGAUCGGUCACGGGACCGAGCUCUCCCUCAUCCUCUCGGUCGAGAUCCCGGUUUCUCGCGGCUUGCCGUCUCCUGCUCGCCGCUCGCCCUCGCCGCCCGCCUCGCCCUGUCCCGUUCGCGGCUCCGCCAGUGAUGCCGCGGCGGAACUCCUCCUCCCGUCGCCCGCUCUUUCGGCUCCGGCCGAAGAGAUCAGCCAGCCCGCCGCCGCCUCCCCUUCUGUCGCCGCCCCGGCAGAGUCCCCAGUGCUUGCCACACCGGCGGCUCUCGCCGUCCCCACCGACGACGACGACGACAAGGAUGCAGCCGGCGAGGCCGGCGCUCCUGCCAAGAAGAGCCGGAAGCAGGCCCAGAGGGGCAUGGAGAAGGCGCGUGAUUGGCAGUACGCCAUCACGCACGCCGAUGAGAUCAUGGAGAGGAGCUCAGAGGGGCUGAGCAAGAAUCAGAAGUUGCGCCACGCUCGUCAGAAGCGGAUGGUGCAGAUCCAUCGUGCCGGCGGGACUGUUGAGAACGCUGACUGAUCAGACCUGGCAUUGCGAGCGAGUGUGGAUGGGUCUAUCUGGUGCGUGCCUUCUGCUACUGGGUGCUCCUUCGGGAUGCUACUUGGUGCGUUGGUGCUGCUACUGGUGAUUCUGAAGCAUUUGCU